GCGGGUCGCUGUGCCGGGCAUUGUCUGGGCGGCGGGGGCGGGCGGGGGCCAUUGUGCGGCCGAAGAAAAGGACGCGGCGGCGGGCUCGCCGGAGGAGCGCGAGAAGAAUAGGGGCGGCGGAGGCGGGGGCGCCGGGCGGAGGCGCAUAAAAGGCGGCCGCUGCCCGGCGCUGGAGACCCGGCCGGCCAGGCAGGCAGCAGCCGCAGGCGCCGCGCGCUCCUCCGCUCGGUCCGCCUCGGCUCGGCUGGGCUGCCCGGGCGCCGCUCCCGGCGCGUCUGCUGGCCAGGGCCGCUCGGCGGGGAGGCAGAGGCGGAGGCAUGCGUUGGCCACGGCGCCCGCCGCGCCCCGAGCUCGCCCGCAGCCUCCUGCUGGCCCUGCUCUGCCUGCGCGUCAAGGUGACGCUCACGUCGGGCCAGUUCGAGUUCGAGAUCCUGUCCAUGCAGAACGUCAACGGGGAGCUGCAGAGCGGGCAGUGCUGCGACGGGGCGCGCAACGCGGCCGACCGCAAGUGCACCCGCGACGAGUGCGACACCUACUUCAAGGUGUGCCUGAAGGAGUACCAGUCCCGGGUCUCGGCCGGCGGGCCCUGCAGCUUCGGCGCCGGAGCCACGCCCGUCGUCGGGGGGAAUACCUUCAACCUCAAGUACAGCCGGAAUCACGACCGCAGCCGGAUUGUGCUGCCUUUCAGCUUCGCUUGGCCGAGAUCCUACACAUUACUGGUUGAAGCCUGGGAUUACAGUAACGACAGUGUUCACGCAGACAACAUUAUUGAGAAAGCUUCUCACUCUGGUAUGAUCAACCCGAGCCGUCAGUGGCAGACUUUGAAGCACAACGCAGGCGUCGCUCACUUCGAGUACCAGAUCCGGGUCACUUGCGAUGAGCAUUAUUACGGCUUUGGCUGCAACAAGUUUUGCCGGCCGCGAGACGACUUCUUUGGGCACUAUACCUGUGAUCAGAACGGGAACAAGACUUGCCUGGAAGGCUGGAUGGGCCUCGAAUGCAACAAAGCCAUCUGUCGGCAGGGCUGUAGCCCGAAACAUGGGUCUUGCAAAAUUCCUGGCGAGUGCAGGUGUCAGUACGGAUGGCAAGGCCAGUAUUGCGAUAAGUGCAUUCCACACCCGGGCUGUGUCCAUGGCACUUGCAAUGAACCGUGGCAGUGCCUCUGCGAAACCAACUGGGGGGGCCAGUUCUGCAAUAAAGAUCUGAACUACUGUGGGACUCACCCCCCAUGUUUGAACGGAGGCACCUGCAGCAACACCGGACCCGACAAAUACCACUGUUCCUGCCCGGAGGGCUACUCGGGACAGAACUGCGAAAUCGCGGAACAUGCCUGCCUUUCGGAUCCUUGCCACAAUGGAGGAAGCUGCUUUGAAACCUCUACAGGAUUUGAGUGUGUCUGUGCUCCAGGCUGGGCAGCACCAACUUGCACGCUUAAUAUUGAUGACUGUUCUCCAAACCCCUGUGGCCACGGAGGGACUUGCCAGGAUCUUGUGGACGGGUUUAAGUGUAUGUGCCCCCCUCAGUGGACUGGCAAAACGUGUCAGAUAGAUGCCAACGAGUGUGAGGGGAAACCUUGUCUUAACGCCAACUCCUGCAGAAACCUGAUUGGCAGCUACUAUUGUGACUGCGUUGCUGGCUGGUCUGGCCAGAAUUGUGAGAUAAAUAUUGAUGACUGUCUUGGGAAAUGUCAGAAUGGAGGGACUUGUAGGGACUUGGUUAAUGGUUAUCGGUGUAUCUGCCUGCCUGGCUAUGCCGGGGACAACUGUGAGAAGGACAUCAACGAAUGUGCGAGUAACCCUUGUUUGAACGGAGGCCACUGCCAAGACGAAAUCAAUGGCUUCCAGUGUCUCUGCCUUGCUGGGUUCUCAGGAAACAUCUGCCAGUUGGACAUAGAUUAUUGCGAACCUAAUCCUUGCCAAAACGGGGCCCAGUGCUUCAACUAUGAGAAUGAUUACUUCUGUAGCAAUUGCCCUGAAGAUUACGAAGGAAAAAACUGUUCUCACUUGAAAGAUCACUGCCGUUCUACUCCAUGCGAAGUCAUUGACAGCUGCACAGUCGCGGUGGCAUCCAACAGCACGCCCGAAGGGGUCCGCUACAUCUCUUCCAACGUCUGCGGCCCGCAUGGAAAGUGCAGAAGCCAGGCAGGGGGCAAGUUCACUUGUGAAUGUGACAAAGGCUUCACGGGCACCUACUGUCAUGAAAACAUCAAUGACUGUGAGAGCAACCCGUGCAGAAACGGCGGCACCUGUAUUGAUGGCAUCAACUCCUACACGUGCAUUUGCAGCGACGGCUGGGAGGGCACUUUCUGUGAAGCAAAUAUUAAUGACUGCAGUAAAAAUCCUUGCCAUAAUGGAGGAACAUGUCGAGACUUGGUCAAUGACUUUUUUUGUGAAUGUAAAAAUGGCUGGAAAGGAAAAACCUGCCAUUCGCGCGACAGCCAGUGUGAUGAAGCGACGUGCAACAACGGAGGGACGUGUUAUGACGAAGGGGACGCCUUCAAAUGCAUGUGUCCUGCGGGGUGGGAAGGAGCCACUUGCAACAUAGCCAGGAACAGCAGCUGCCUGCCAAGCCCGUGCCACAACGGUGGAACUUGUGUCGUCAGCGGAGAUUCCUUCACGUGUGUCUGCAAAGAGGGCUGGGAAGGGCCCACUUGCACUCAGAAUACAAAUGACUGCAGCCCGCACCCUUGCUAUAAUAGUGGUACGUGCGUGGAUGGUGACAAUUGGUACCGAUGUGAGUGCGCUCCCGGCUUUGCGGGCCCAGACUGCAGGAUAAAUAUUAACGAGUGCCAGUCUUCACCCUGUGCCUUUGGAGCUACAUGUGUCGAUGAAAUCAAUGGAUACCGUUGUAUCUGUCCACCGGGGCGCAGUGGCCCGAGAUGUCAAGAAGUUUCAGGAAGGGCUUGCAUCGCUAAUGGCCAUACAGUUCCAGACGGAUCUAAAUGGGACGACGAAUGCAAUAGCUGUCAGUGUUUGAACGGAAAGGUCACCUGUUCUAAGGUCUGGUGUGGUCCAAAGCCUUGCUUGGUAAAUGCCAAAGGUCACAGCGAAUGUCCUGCGGGACACGCCUGCAUUCCUGUUAAGGACGACCACUGUUUCGUGCACCCUUGCAACAACGUGGGUGAAUGCUGGAUCUCCAGUCAACAGCCCGGAAGGACAACAUGCAGUUCUGACUCAUAUUACCAAGACAGUUGUGCCAACAUCACAUUCACCUUUAACAAAGAGAUGAUGACUCCCGGUCUUACUACUGAACGUAUCUGUAGUGAGCUGAGAAAUCUGAGCAUCUUGAAGAAUGUUUCGGUUGAGUAUUCCAUCUACAUCACCUGCGAACCAUCACACUUGGCAAACAAUGAAAUUCAUGUUGCCAUUUCUGCUGAAGAUAUCCAGGAGGAAGAGAACCCAAUAAAAGAAAUAACCGAUAAAAUUAUCGAUCUUGUUAGCAAGCGUGAUGGGAAUAGCACACUAUUUGCAGCCGUUGCAGAAGUCCGGGUCCAGAAGCGGCCCAUAAAAAGCAAAACUGAUUUCUUGGUCCCAUUGCUGAGUUCUGUGUUAACGGUGGCUUGGAUCUGUUGCUUGGUCACCGCCUUCUACUGGUGCCUUCGGAAGCGCCGAAAGCAGAGCACACAUACCCACACAGCGUCUGACGACAACACCACCAACAACGUGAGGGAGCAACUGAAUCAGAUCAAGAACCCAAUUGAGAAACACGGCGCCAACGCCGUCCCCAUCAAAGACUAUGAAAACAAGAACUCAAAAAUUGCCAAAAUAAGGACACACAAUUCUGAGGUGGAAGAAGAUGACAUGGACAAACAUCAGCAGAAAACUCGAUUUGCAAAACAGGCAGCGUACACGCUGGUAGACAGAGACGAAAAGCCACCCAACGGGACACCCACAAAACACCCAAACUGGACAAACAAACAAGACAACCGGGACUUGGAAAGCGCACAAAGUUUAAACCGGAUGGAAUACAUUGUAUAGCAGACCACAGGUGCUGCCGUGCAGGGCCUUUGUCUAUCAGUUCAAGGCAACUCGGAGCUUGUAGUUCUUAAAACGGUUGUGUAAUAUUUUCGAGUCUAAGGCUAUUAUUUGCUUAGAAUCCCUGUGUUAAUUUAAGUUUUGACAAGCUGGUUUACACUGGCAGUGGAUGGUUGCUGUGGUUGGCUGGAUUUCCAAGUGCUGCAUUUCACAUCUAUGCAAAACUAGUCAAAAGUGCCCCAGUGUCAAUUCGGCUGCAACUGAUGCACCCCGGAGAGGUUUCAUAAGGUGUGUCGUGUGGCUUUAUUUAGCUUUUCCAUGUAGCAAAGACCCCGUUUUCCUCCUCUUUCUUCUCUUGAGUUGUCAUGAUUUAUAUACAGUCUUAGACAAAUACAUUUUAUUUAUUUAUUGAAUUAGAGUUCUUUUGUAUAUUGGUUUUAUGGUGACAUACAACUAGUUCUGUAUUUGAAAGUGCCUUUGCAGCUCGGAACCACAGCAACUAUCAAAAAGGUUUAUUAUUUAUUUUUUUAUUGUAUUGUUUUUGUUGUGGGGAGGGCAGAGGGAGGGGACGGGGGGGCUUAUUGUCAGCAGUUGCUGGUAAAAAAUGAAGAAUUGAGAGGAAAAUGUGUCAAAAGUAGAAGUUUGUAUAGUUAUGUAAAUAAUUCUUUUUUAUUAAUCACUGUGUAUAUUUGAUUUAUUAACUUAAUAAUCAAGAGCCUUAAAUAUCAUUCCUUUUUUAUUUAUACAUACGUGUUUAGAUUUGAAGGUUUUUCAUAGUAUUGUAAGCUGAUGGCUUCUUCUUUUGACUUUCCCCCCCUUGUUUCUUGUUGCCUACAUGCCAAAAUUUAAGGUGUUCUGAAAAUCGAGUUUUUAUUUUUAACAAAAGGAUGGGCUCCCACGCCUUGAUGCUGUCUUUUUUUUUUUUUUUGUACGAUGUCUGGUGUGUUCUGUCUUUUUUUAAAAAAAAAAACACCUUCCAUAGUAUCACUUUAAAAUUAUUUUGUAAGUACUGGUGGCUGAGGCAGUUUAGAACUAGUUUUUGUUCUGCUUUUAUUUUUUUAAAAAAAAUUUGGCUGCUUUGGACAUGGGAUGGGGGUACAGAAAGGAAUGACAGGCAGAAAAUCUGCUACGCUGCAGUUUAAGGGGGAAACACAAAAGGAGCGAUAACCUUCUGUAGAUAAAACAUGAGAAAUGUGAGUGGUUGUAUGUAAUUAAAAAUAUCAAAUUAGUGUGUGAAGUUGGAAGCACUGAAAUCUUAUUUUGUAAACUCUUGAUUACCCCCCCCCACCAUGAAUAGGUGAUACUGAACCACUUGUAGAUUUGAUUUUUCUUUUCUUUUGUAAUCUACUGUAUUUAGGAAGUAUUCUAAUAAGCUAGUUGCUGAAUACUUGAACAGUAGAAUGUUCGAUAAGACCACUGACCUAGAUAUGCCACAGAAUCCACGGCCCGCCUUAAAGAAAAAAAAAGAGGAAAUCAAAAGUGCUAUGAUGAAGUUGGAAGAUCAAAAAUGAAAUUUUAAAGAGGCUUAAAACUUAGUUAUCUCAAUGGGACAACCAGUCCCUAAAGAUAUCUUGUAUGGUAAUAUUAGUGUUACAUGAACAUGAAAAUACAUCACUGAUGUGUUAUUCCUGGCAAUAAAUCUUGAAAAAUAUUUAUUAAAUUUUUGUAUAAAACCA